AGGAUGGGCGAGAGCUCGAGCCCCAUCAGCGUCAUCCUGGUCAGCUCCGGCAGCCGCGGGAACAAGCUGCUCUUCCGCUUCCCCUUCCAGAGGGGGCCCGGCAGCCCCGCCGCCCACACCGGGAAACCGAGAAGCAGGUAUGCCGUGAACAGUCUGGGCAACGGCGUCGAAGACCCAGAUGGGGACUCCAGAGAGCCCUGUCCGCUCACUGAUGAGCAGGUGGUGUCGGGGUUCUCGGACGUCAUCCUGGCAACGAUCCUGGCUACCAAAUCAGACAUGUGCGGCAAGAAGUUUGAGCUGAAGAUCGACAACGUCCGUUUCGUGGGACACCCCACCCUGGUGCAGCAUGCCUUUGGGCAGGUAGGCCCCGCGGGCGCCAGGGCAGCCUGGGCACAGCCUAUCUCCAAGACAGACCCCUCCCCAAAGCGGGAGAUGCCCACCAUGAUCCUCUUCAAUGUCGUCUUCGCCUUGAGGGCCACCGCGGACCCCUCGGUCAUCAGCUGCCUGCACAACCUCUCUCGCCGCAUCGCCAUUGUCCUCCAGCACGAGGAGCGCCGCUGCCAGUACCUCACGCGAGAGGCCAAGCUCAUCCUGGCCAUUCAGGACGAAGCCUCUGCCAUCUCGGAAACGCCUGAAGGGCCCCAGUCGCCUUUUCUCCACAUCCUCCCCAAGUGCAAGCUGGCCAGAGACCUGAAGGAGGCUUACGACAGCCUCUGCACGACAGGCGUGGUCCAGCUGCACAUCAACAACUGGCUGGAAGUGAGCUUCUGCCUGCCCCACAAAAUCCACUACGCUGCCUCUCGCUUCAUCCCUCCGGAAGCCAUCGAGAGGAGCCUCAAGGCCAUUCGGCCGUACCACGCCUUGCUGCUGCUGAAGGACGAGAAGGCGCUUCUGAGCGAGCUGCCGCUGGACUGCUCCCCCGCCCUGGUGCGCGUGGUCAGGACCACCUCGGCCGUCAAGAACCUCCAGCAGCUGGCCCAGGACGCUGACCUGGCGCUGCUGCAGGUGUUCCAGCUGGCAGCGCACCUGGUCUACUGGGGCAAAGCCAUCAUUGUCUACCCGCUGUGCGAGAACAAUGUCUACAUGCUGUCUCCCAAUGCCAGCGUCUGCCUCUACUCCCCUCUGGCGGAUGACUUUGCCUGCCAGUUCCCCGGCCAUGACCUGCCUUCCGUCCUCUCCAAGUUCUCCUUGCCGGUGUCCCUGUCGGAGUUCAAGGACCCCCUGGCUCCCCCCGUGCAGGAGACACAGCUCAUCCAAAUGGUCGUCUGGAUGCUCCAACACCGACUGCUCAUCCAGCUGCACACCUACGCCUGCCUGAUGGUGCCCCCCAAGGAAGAGGAUGUCCGGCCCCGGGCGGAGGAGAUGCCCCUGGCGGCCAGAGUCGGGGGGCGCAGCCUCAGCACCCCCAACGCCCUCAGCUUUGGCUCCCCAACCAGCAGCGACGACAUGACGCUCACCAGCCCCAGCAUGGACAACUCCAGCGCAGAGCUGCUGCCCGGAGGGGACUCCCCUGUGAACAAGCGCAUGACCGAGAACCUGCUGACCAGCCUCCCGGAGCACGAGCGAGAGGCCAUCCUCAGCGUCCCAGCCGCCCACAACCCCGAGGACCUGCGCACAUUUGCCAGGCUUCUGCACUACUUCCGGGGGCGCCACCACCUGGAGGAGAUCAUGUACAACGAGAACAUGCGCCGCUCGCACCUCCUGAUGCUCUUUGACAAGUUCCGGGGUGUGCUGGUGGUGACGAACCACGAGGACCCCGUCAUCUCCGUCUUCCAGUCCUUCCAGAAGUGAGGAGGGGCGGCCGCUGCCCAGGACUUUGAAGGAGGAUUGCUGGCCCUCGGGAUGGGGGAAGAAGGCACCCCCUUCUUGCAGCCACAUGGGGGGCAAGGAGGGGACUUGGGGGCCUUGUGCACAGAUGCCUGCCAGCGGCCCUGAUUCGGUCACGCUCCUGGCACUGCCAGGCCUCAGAUGCUGCUUCUGGGCCUCUGCUGACGGCUGCAGACAUAGCGAUCCAUCUGCUGGACACUUCUCUUGGCUGGGGGAGGGGGGUGGAGAGCUGGGGGGACACACCUGUGUCUUGAUAGUUGCAGGCAAGCCUCAGACUGUUCACCCGCCAUUGCACAAUUACAACCACAUGCUGGAAAAUGUGAAAUCUUUCUCCUCUUAAGUCAGGGAACAAGUCUGUUGUGAAAGUACCGGCUCUUUUCCUCCCUGCCUUGACCCACAAACCUACCUUCCUUACUUCUGAAGGGCAGGUGACCACUGGCUUGGCCUCCUCUCUCAGGCCACCUGAACUGGCCGCAUCCUGCUUGCUCAGUCAGGUGGCUCCUCUCUCUUCCACAAGGACCAAGGGCAGGAGCAGGUUUAACAAAGGGAAUGGGGGGAGAAUUUGUUGGGAUGAUUCUGGUACCUCUUCCUAGCAGCAGAGGAACUCUUAUCUCCCCACAUCGUGGAAGGGGGGCGGUUUUCCUCCUUCCAAUUCUGCAUUUUGCAGGCAGCUCCUUCCUUCAAUAUGCUGCAGGCAGGAAGGCUUUCCCGCAGCCACAACCACCAGCCUCAAAGCAAAACUAUUUUAUUUUGGAAAGAAAUAAAUUCACAAGACUGAAA